GCUUUUAAGUUCAAAAACCCUUCGUCAGGCUAAGGACACUGCAGCAGUUGGUGUGUGCUCUUCCUGGAUGGAAUGAAAAGUAAACAAGCCAGGGGCUGGGCUGGGGAGUCAGUUGCCAGGCAGAUUGUAAUGUAUCAAAAACCCAAUGUCUAUGUUUAGUCUGUGAUCUCUAGUAUCCAGGAGGUUGAUGAAAUGGAGCUCAUAGGCUCGUCUCUGGAGUGCUCUUAAGCUUUCUGCUGUCCCCCAGCUGCACUUCUCUACAUCUACAUUUGUUACAAAAAGUAUGUGCAUGCAUUCACAAAGUUGCACAAUGACAUUUCCUGUACUGACAGUCUUCGUGGUGACUCUCUUCAGUAUUUCACUAUGUCAAGAUAUAACAAAUACUACAGUGCUCGAUCUUCUUCAGGAAUUCAAACUGUCCACAGCAUCAGAUAAACACAUAAUAGAAGGAUCAAACCCAGGAUCUAUAGCCUAUCGCAUAAGUCCUAACAUACAGCUCAGGAAAAAUACAAGUGCUGGUUUUCCAGAUGGCUUCCCUUCCGAAUACUCUAUCAUUGCUACUUUUAAAAUGCUGGAAGACACUUCACAAAAUAUGUGGCAUUUAUGGCAAGUUAGUGAUUCUGAUGGCAAAGACAAAGUUGGAAUUCAGGUUCUGAGAGACAACAAAAAUCUGGAUUUCUUUUAUGCCAGUUCAUAUAAAAUAAUCCUGUUCAGGACAUUCAACAACAUGGACAAAAUUUUUGAUAGCUCCUGGCACAAGUUAGCAUUAAGUGUGAAAGGGAGUAAUGUAAAAUUGCUGAUUGAUUGUCAGGAGGUCAGUGCAGUUCCCACAAAUGAACACGGAGACAUUUACAGAAAUUUGCACACUUCCCUAGUAAAAAGAUCAGUCGAAAAGUCUUCUGUUUUGGUGGACUUGCAGCAACUUGAAAUGCAUUGUGAUGCAGAUAAAGCAUACUCAGAAGGAUGCUGUGAACUUUCUGAUACUUGUGAAAGAAGUUGUAAAUGUGCCCAUGGAAGAUCACAAGAUCAAGGAACAACAGGCCCCAAGGGAAUACAUGGCCACCUAGGAGAUUAUGGAAACACUGGAAAUCCUGGUCCAAAAGGUGAUACAGGUCCUCCAGGUCUCAAAGGAUUACCAGGAGUAAAAGGUUUUAAAGGGGUAUCUGGAUCACCUGGAAACAGAGGAGGACUUGGAGCAAAAGGAUAUAAGGGAGAACAAGGAGAACCAGGCAUUGUAGGAAUCAUGGGAUUCCAAGGAGUGAAGGGUGAUAAAGGCUUGUCUGGAGCUGAUGGUUUACCAGGCCAGCAAGGACCUAGGGGCCCAGUUGGUGAUCAAGGGGAUUAUGGUCUACUAGGUCCGAAAGGAGCUCUAGGUUUUACUGGACCUCCUGGAAGGAAAGGUACACUUGGUCAAAAGGGAAUAAGUGGAGACCUUGGACUGCCUGGGAGAGAGGGGGAUCCUGGUAUAGAGGCCUAUCAAGGAUUUCAAGGGCCAGAAGGUAGAAAAGGUAUUUCAGGAUUAAAGGGGGAGAAAGGAUUUCUAGGAGAGGCAGGUCCUGAAGGGCUUAGGGGAACAACAGGUGUAACUGGUCCAAAAGGUAUUGCAGGGAUUCCUGGUAGACCUGGUUUUCCUGGUCCCCCUGGAGCUGCUGGUCAUGUAGGGCUGCCAGGACCUCAUGGAUUGAAGGGGAAUGAUGGUGUUCCAGGUGCUAAGGGUAAAAAAGGCGAAAAGGGAGAAAAAGGAAUUAAAGGACCAAAAGGAAAUGUUGGAGAGAAAGGUGUACUUGGACCAGAAGGAAUUGUGGGUAGAAAAGGGUUAGCAGGAAUGAUUGGACCACGAGGCCAACCUGGAGAACAGGGUGUUCCUGGAAAUGAUGGCUUACCUGGGAAUGUUGGAUCAGUUGGACCCCGUGGGCUCCCCUUUCCAGAAACUCGUGUGAUAGAGGUAUGCAAAAGGAUUGCUUUAGAACAAAUGUCCACCUUUGCAAACAAUGUGAUGAGGAAAUGUGCUAGCACAUGCCCACUAUAUGGAGAUGUGCCUAUGGGGUCCCCAGGACCUGUUGGUUUGACUGGACCUCCUGGAAAAGAGGGCAACCCUGGGUUGAAUGGAGUUGAUGGGGAACAUGGCCCUGAAGGGUUUUACGGAGAUUUUGGGAAUCCUGGAAAAAAAGGCUCAAUAGGUGAACGUGGUGACAAAGGCCAUAAAGGUGCCAAAGGUUUUGGGUUGGUUGGCUCUGAGGGCAACCAAGGUCGAAGAGGUGAACAUGGAAGAGAUGGACUAGUGUUUGAUGGACUGCCAGGUCAGCCUGGUUCACGGGGACAUAUGGGGCAACCAGGACUGAGAGGCUAUCCAGGAUUUAGAGGACCUUCAGGCAUAUGCAAAAUAGGAUCCCCAUGCAUACUGGCUUUUGAGAGAGAUGUGGGUAUUAGACGGAGUGAAUGGGGCACUGUUCAGUCUUCAGGAUUCUACAAGUUCAAGAUAGUUGGCUAAUUCAAGAUAUAUGGCUUGAAUAUUGCUUCAGGUGAGGUAAUUUUUGCUGCCUUCACCCAACUGAGAGGAUUUACACCAGCACUUUGCUGUCCAGAUACCAUCCAGAUACCAUCUAUGACAAUGAAUAAGGGUUUGGCUUGGACAAGAAAAUAUUUCAAUUUUCCAUACUUUUCAUCAUUCAGGCACCAGCUUCCACAAACCUUCUUUGUGUUGUAUCUUUUUUGUUGGGAGCAACAAGAGCUGAACACAGUAUUCCAGAGAUGAAAUAUCACUUACAUAUUCUGAUGUUUUCCAUGUGCUCCAUCUCAUUCCAUACAUGCAUCUUAGUAUUUUGUUUGUUUUUUACCUUUGUAACAUACCAUUUAAAAAUUUCUUCACCACACUGUCUGUAGCAGGGGAGGGCAAUUAGUUUGGGUGGUGGGCUGCUUAUCAAAUGUUGGCAAGCUACAUGGGUAGUCCUGCCCCUUGACAGCUGCCCCGCCCCCUGGUUGCCACCUUGGGACCAGAAGUCCUGCCCCUUAACCUCUGACCUUCAGCACCAGGAGUCCCUCCCCUUGCUGCUCUCUCCCCCCCACCCCCCAUUCCCCUUUUGGGAGGGGGGUUGUCAUAACGAGAGAGAACCUGAAUCAUACACUAGAAGUCAAACACCUACUAUAAUAUAUUUUAAUUUUAUUAUAAAAAAAUUUGUCAUGACUUGUGAUUGUGUACUGUAUAUAGAAGGGAUUGCAUAAUAACUCAAAAAUAAAGUUUCAUUUUUUAUAGUG